CCAAUGUUAAUGUUGUGUCUAUGUUAUGCAGGGUUAGGUUGGUAGAAUGCCGUUAAUUGUUGAACUGCCGGAUGAUAUCGCAUCGGGGGAUUCACCCAUCACAACACCUAAUUUGGAAAAUAAAAAAGAAACGAACGACGACGAUUAUGACGAAACAAUGGAUGAAGAAUCGGAAGUAGCAUCAACAACGGGAUCCGUUUCCACUAUCGAGGAGAAACAAGAUGUUGAAGAAUUAUCGGAAGCCUCAAAGUUGGGAAUCGACAUGGCAACACUGGAGGAACUUUACCCGGGUUGGAGGUUGGACCCGAGCAAGGUCGCGCAACGUAGAAUAGAUGCAUUAAAACAACAACGCUCGACACGAACAAUCGAAGAUUUUGUUUCGGAAAUGUCGGAACGAGCGAAGUUAUCGAAAAGCGCUGUUGAGGUUAACAAGCCACUUGGUGUCAGUAAGGAGGCGACCGAGCAAAAAGAUCCGGAAAUAAAAUCGACAAAAGUUGAAUAUAUGGAAGUCGUUCAUGCGGAAAAGUCCGAAGUCAUUCAAGCGGAAAAGUCUAAAGUCGUUCAAGCGGAAAAGUCUGAAGUCGGUCCAGUGGAAAAGUCAGAAGAAAAGUGUAUUGUGGUUGCCGUGGAAACGAUGGAGGAAAAGAAAAAGCGGGAAAACGAGGAAAAAGAAAUGUCAAAAUAUCCACGGAUGACAAAAGCUGCGUUGAAACAAAUCUGUAAAAAGAACAAACUUUAUUCGACGCCGUAUUUGAACGAUAAUAUUUAUUUACAUUAUAAAGGUUGGUGGAGAAUUGAGAAUUUGGAAGAAUACGUUGGACUUAAAUGUAUUUGGUUGGAGGUUAACGGGUUGCGUAAGAUAGAAAACCUUGAUCAUAAUGUUCAAUUAAGAUGUCUUUAUCUCCAACAAAACUUGAUUGAAAAGAUCGAGAACCUGGAAAAGCUGCAAGACCUUCGCGUGUUGAAUCUUUCGAACAACCAACUCACCAAAGUUGAAAACUUAUCUUGUCUUCCCCGACUUGAAAGUUUACAGCUCGCUCAUAAUUGUAUCUCAACACCGGAGGCGCUAGAACACCUUACAAGUUGCGACGAGAUUACGGUGCUUGACGUGUCGUACAAUAGGAUCGAAGACCCGGAGACGAUCGGGGUGUUUGAACGAAUGAAGGGGCUGAGAGUUCUUAACCUAAUGGGAAAUCCUGUCGUCAAGAAAAUUAGAUUUUAUCGCAAAAAUUUGAUUGUUCGAUUGAAAGAGUUGACGUAUUUGGAUGACAGACCGGUAUUCCCCCGUGAUCGUGCAUGCGCUGAGGCGUGGCACACAGGGGGUCACGACGCUGAGCGAGCCGAGCGACAACGUUGGGUGAAUAAGGAACGAAUCAAAAUUCAACAAAGUGUCGAUUAUUUGUACAAUAUUCGCAAGCAGGCCGAGGAACGAAGAGAAAAAGAUGGAAAUAAACUGGAAUCGGAGGUCACCCCCGUCCCAAUGUUUGAUUGUGAUGUAAUAAUGGAUCAGGAAUCAAAUAGUGAUGUCAUAAUCAAACCAACCAUGACUGGUGAUGACAUCACAAUAGAACAAACAAAAGAAAACGAUGACAUCACAUUAGAACAAAGAAAGAAAAAUGAUGACAUCACAAUAGAACAAACAAAGGCAGAUGAUGACAUCACAUUAGAACAAAGAAAAGCAGAUGAUGACAUCACAAUAGAACAAACAAAGGUAGAUGAUGACAUCACAAUAGAACAAACAAAGGCAGAUGAUGACAUCACAAUACACACCUCUGACGUGACCUUUGACCUCGAUGACCUUCCCGACCUCGAAGAAAUCGACAUCGAGGAAAAUAUCGGCCACUCGGGGGUUCGUCCGGUGACUGAGGUUUUGAAAGAUAAUUAUGUCGGGGAAUCCCCACAACGGAUACUUAUACAAGACAUCACGAACGAAGAUCUAGAGUUCGGACUCGACUAACCGCUGCUACUCUAUAUAUAUAUAUUAUGUUUGUGUUUAAUACAACUUAUUUUCAUUUCAA